CAAACCGUCUCAUCCGACUCCGAGUAGCAAACUCCACUGAUGUGAAGUCAUUUGUUGUGGUGUAUUGUGCAGGUUCCGAUUAUCACCGGUGUUUUACUAUGAGACUCUGUGGACUGCUCUUGUUGACCCUCUCUUUGGUUGUGGCUGAGGACGAGAGCAAGGAAUACUAUGAUUAUGAGCAUGAUGAUUUUGAUAAUAAAAGAUUGGAAAUGUCUGAAAUCUGUGAUGAGAUGUUUCCUGAAGUGAUGAAAUAUGAGAAGGAUGAUAGAAACUUUAGCCUAACCAAUUUCUCUUGGACUGAUAUUUCCUGCAUGAUCUAUAAGUGGAAAUUAAAUUGCUCCUGGAGUACACAUACACUUCCUAAAGAUGCAGACUAUUCUGUUUCUACCCGCUUAUGCUCAUCAAAAGUGGAACAGAAUUUAGACUGUACCAUUAACAGUACAAAGGAAAGAGUUGAAUGCCAAGGCUUCGUAUUUAACAACAGGAGUAUGGUUGUUCAAGUCAACAUUACAAUCCCUGGUUACUGGUACGUCUUCAGUAAAAGACUUCUUCAAAGUAACAUUGAAAAGUUGGAUCCUCCUCGAAAUAUCUCAACACAAAUCAAGUCAAAUAAUUUAGAGUUACGAUGGUCGCUGCCCGAUAAUAUUGGUUCUUUUAACGAUGACUGUUUUGAUUAUGAGUUAAAGAUUAAUAAUGAUAAUGUAGUGGUGAAAGGAAAGCUGGAAUAUAACAAACCCAACAUUGAUCCAACAAGUCGCUAUGUUAUUCAGAUUAGAACAAAUUUAAAUAAAAAAUGUGGUGACCCCAUAUACUGGAGUGAAUGGAGUGAAGAUGUGGUGGUUGAACCUUCUGAACAGAGUAACAAGCUCAAUGUAGGUGUGAUCGUUUCUAUUGCAUUAGUGCUUCCCAUGAUUCUUUUGGCUUUUCUGCUGGUCUGCAAGUUCCAAAGAUUGACAGAGAAGUUGUUUCCAUCUAUUCCAAAUCCACCAGAAAAGAUAAAAACUUUCUUUGAGGAGGAAAAUGGUCAGGUUAUGCCACCAAAGCAUGUGGACCAGUGUGGACCUGAAGGUGAAGAAGUGGAAGUAAUACAUCAGGUGACAGGAUAGAGAUGCACGGUGUUAAGAAGUCUACGUAUAAACAGCAUUGUCCGAAGGUACUUUUAAAUACCUCUAUUGGUAUUUAAAAGUAUUCAGACUACACAAAUUUGUUACAUUAAUGCUUAGUUGCAAAGCUGUGAUGCAACUUAUUUUGUAUACUGUUGAAUUAUUUGCACAGGAGUGUUUAAAAUGUUUGCCAUGGCUCUGUAGUAUGUUGUGACAGAGGACGCUUGGGAGGCACCAUGCUAAAUUACAUUAGCCCACUAUGGCUGGGAUCCAGGUGGUCUGCAUACUGCCGUGACUGGCUGUGUCUAAGGUGGGGGAUGCCCGAGCCCCUGAUGAAUUGGUGUACUCUUUGUGGUGUGUUACUGCAUAAGAUAAAGGUUGAAGCAGUGGUAAAACAUGAAGAAAAUUAUUAUAACAGCAAUUGCAUAAAAACUGUUUGUAGCAGAAACAAGUAAAUAAAUGUGGUGGCGCAACAGGUGAUACAUUAUGUACAUUAAUCAUUAGAACUUUAUUAAAGGAAGUAAUUUGAAUUGUAGUGUCAGAUUUACAACAUUUGCUGUUAUGAAUGUAGAUGUAUUUUUACAUUAGUACUUAAUAUUAAUAGUAUUCUAUAUUAUCUAAUUUCUAUAUUUAAUGAAAACUAUUACUUUUAUUUGAUGCAUUUGAAGUCAAAACUUUACUUUUACGCUAUGUAAGUUGUAGAAUUU